GACAUUUAAUACUCCUGCUAUGUAUGUCGCCAUUCAAGCCGUUCUAUCCCUUUAUGCUAGUGGUCGUACAACAGGUAUUGUCCUGGAUUCUGGUGAUGGUGUUAGCCACACUGUUCCAAUCUACGAGGGAUAUGCUUUGCCACAUGCUAUCCUUCGUCUUGAUUUAGCCGGUCGUGACUUGACCGAUCACCUAAUGAAAAUCUUAACAGAGCGCGGUUACUCAUUCACUACUUCUGCUGAACGAGAAAUCGUGAGGGAUGUGAAGGAAAAACUCUCCUACAUUGCGCUUGACUUUGAGCAAGAAAUGGACACGUCGAAAACUAGCUCUUCUGUUGAGAAGAGCUACGAGUUGCCCGAUGGUCAAGUGAUUACCAUCGGUGCUGAACGUUUCCGAUGCCCUGAAGUCCUUUUCCAACCUUCAAUGAUUGGAAUGGAAGCUGCAGGCAUUCACGAAACGACGUACAACUCAAUCAUGAAGUGCGACGUCGAUAUCAGAAAGGAUCUGUAUGGAAAUAUUGUACUCAGUGGCGGUUCGACUAUGUUUCCUGGAAUUGCUGAUAGGAUGAGUAAGGAAAUUACUGCCUUGGCUCCAAGCAGUAUGAAAAUUAAGGUGGUAGCUCCACCUGAGAGGAAGUAUAGUGUUUGGAUUGGAGGUUCUAUUUUGGCUUCUUUAAGUACUUUCCAACAGAUGUGGAUUGCAAAGGCAGAAUAUGAUGAAUCUGGUCCAUCCAUUGUGCACAGAAAAUGCUUCUAAUUUUUAGAAGUGUAAUAUUUUUAUUAUGUUGCUUAUCGAUCGCUGUAACAAUGGCAAACAAAUUUUCCAGAAUUGACAGUAAAAAACAGAUAUUUCAAUGUAGAUUUUAUUUUAUUGUGAACUUUUGUCCUUCAAUGCUAACUCCAAUUGUUUUC